UCUACUAAUUUAAUACCUAAUGUUACUUUUCUAAAUUUAGUUGUUUAAUUAACUACAGUAAUAAUUUUUUGCUUGAGUUUUGCGGUAAAUGGAAAUUUCUACUGUUUAUGGUCCGAAAAUGAGAUUUUUUAUCCUUUGAUGUUUUCAAAAUUUACGUGAAAUAAAAACAGGAAUGUAUGUGAAAAGUUAGAGGUAAAUGCCUUAAAGAUGUUGAAUAAUUAAUAACGACAAAAACUAGAGAGGAGAGAUAGACAGACUUCCUAUGAUUUCUAGGCAAGUAUGAGCAAUAUUGGACUACUUCUCAGUCUGACUGAAAGCUUCAACUGGAGAGAGUUUGCCUGUGGAUGGGGAGCAGCCUUCAUUAAUGUCACUGUUACCUACCCAAUUAAUAAAUUAAUUUUUCGGCAGAUGUUACAUGGUGUAAAGGCACAACAUGCAUUUCACCAGCUUAGAAAUGAAGGUAUUUUCUUUCUAUAUAGAGGUAUGUUGCCACCACUUUGCCAGAAAACACUUUCCCUUUCGAUAAUGUUUGGAGUUUACGAAGAAGUGCGAAGGCAUUUAAGAGACAAUGGUUUUAAUAGUUAUACGGCAAAGGCAUUAGGCGGCUUGGCAUCAGGCACAACAGAAGCAAUUUUAAUGCCAUUUGAAAGAGUACAAACACUUUUAGCAGACGCUAGAUAUCACGAAGAAUUUCGCAACACUUUCCAUGCAUUUAAAGCUCUCCGAAGUUAUGGCUAUGGAGAGUAUUACAGAGGUUUAGUUCCAAUUUUACUGAGAAAUGGACCCUCAAAUGUUGGGUUUUUUAUAAUUAGGGAUGAAAUACAGUGCCGAGUGCCCAAACAUGAAAAUGAAGUUGUUAGAACUAUAACUGAAUUCAUUUGUGGAGCCAUGAUAGGUGUAGUACUAUCUAGUUUAUUUUUUCCUUUAAACGUUUUGAAGGUUGCAAUGCAAAGUAAAGUCGGUGGACCUUAUGAAAAUCCUUUCAAGGUGCUUUUACAAGUGUAUAGGGAGCGUGGUGGAAAAAUUAGGUAUAUUUAUCAUGGCGUUCAUUCUAAUUGCACCAGAGCUUUUUUAAGUUGGGGUGUUAUGAAUACCGCCUACGAGCAUAUAAAGGCUAUUAUAUAUUAGCGACAAUUAGGCGUACUUUAAUGUUUUUCUUUUUUGUGCAUAUUUUAAAGUGAUACAUAAGUAUAUGUGGUUUUAAUUUUUAAUACCUCGUAAAGUAUUUACCUUUAAUGCUUUUAAUUGUUGAGUAAAAUUGAAAAGGUUCUAUUUUUUUAUUGUUUUAUUAAAUAUUUAUGAAAGUUGAUUAAAUAGAGA